GGUUUGGGGGAUUGAGCUAGGGCCAUCAGGCUUUGACAGCAAGGGCUUUUACCUGCUGAGCAAGAGCAGCAAGUGCAGCUUUCCAAGGAAACAUGUUUGUGUUUUGAUUUGGUUUAGUCCUGAGCAGACACCAGGCCUGAGGGAAGACAAGAAGACAGCUGUCGUCUGGGUGGCCGAGGAGCAUGCCUUUAAUCCCAGCACUCAGGAGGCAGAGCCACGUGGAUCUCUGUGAGUUCGAGGCCAGCCUAGUCUACAGAGCGAGAUCCAGGACAGGCACCAAAACUAAACAGAGAAACCCUGUCUCAAACACACACACACACACACACACACACACACACACACACACACACACACACACGAACACACACACACAAGGGCUGCAGGCUGUCCAAAGAAUUGGCCCCUCCCACUGCCCAACCUAGGUGAGGGCUUGUGGACACAGGCUCUGCUCCCUGGCCCUAGGGAGAGAGGCAAGGGAUGACUUAAGGAGAGCCAUCCUGGUGCAGGCUCCUCUUCCUUGGAGCAGCCAAUGAAAUCCAGGUCUCAAAGUCCUCUGAUGCCCCUGAGUCCUCCCUCAUUUUAAAGAGGAAGUGGUAUUUGGAAGGGAGCUGGAUGGGCUGGUCAGUGGACCAUCUUUUCUAACACCUGGAGGAGGCAGGUGGAAUUAGAUGAACCAAUCGAUCAUCUUGGACCCAGAUUCCCUAGAGAGGAUGAGAGAUCGACCCUUGUGUUUCCUAUGUCAGGCUAGGAGACUUUCCUUAAAUGUCGUGUCCCAGGAGCUUGGAUUGGCACAUGAGGAGCUAAACACAGUCAAUGGGAAGAGUAGUUGAGGGAUUCACUCACAGGCCUGGGAAAGCCGAUACAGGGUGGAGACCCAGGCCUCCCUUGGGGGUCAGCAGAGUUAGCAGGUCUCACAUAGCCCCCCAAACCCUGAUAGAGAAGCUUUCAGCUGCCUCUCCAGACCACUGACUGGUGACCACUCAUGGGAAUGCGACAGGGGUGGAAUUACUUCAGACUUCUCGUUUGGAAGAGAGACAGCAAAAAUGUCAAGUUUUCUGCCUCCUGUGUUGAGCUGAGUGGGACGGCUGUAUUGGUGUGGUUUCCACCUUCUCUCUCUCUCUCUCUCUCUCUCUCUCUCUCUCUCUCUCUCUCUCUCUCUCUCUCUCUCUCUCUCUCUCUCUCUCUCUGUUGCUGCUUUUGAGUAACGUUUACAAUCUGCCUCUGUCUGUCUUUUAUAAAGAUUGCAACUCGUUGUUUACAGUUGUAUCUGCUGGUGCAGCUCCCGCUAAUUGCUAUGCCAGCACUACUCUCCAGACAGAGUGAGGACCUCUCCAACUGCGGCCCUGAUGAGUACUGGUCUGGGGACUACUGCUGCAAGAACUGUAGGGCAGGUGAGUUUGUCAAGACGUCCUGCACAAUCUCCCACACCCUCGGACAGUGUGAGAAGUGUCACCCCGGAACGUUCACAAGGGCUAGUAAUGGCCUAGAGUCUUGUAUACCGUGCUCCAGCUGUGACGAACGCCAGGAAAUGGUGGCUGAAUGCUCUGCCACCAGUGACCGGAAAUGCCAGUGCCAAGUGGGUCAUUUCUAUUCUGACCCAAAAUCCUAUGAAGUCUGCCGCCCAUGUACCAAGUGUCCUCAGGGAAUCCCCGUCCUCCAGGCAUGCAACUCCACAGCGAACACGGUGUGCGGUCAGACUACAACAAAUCACAGAAAUUGGCUAUUCCUACUACUACUACUACUUGUUUUUCCAGUCAUUGUUAUUGCUGUCUGCUGUUGCCUGAAAAAACAACGGUCCUGUAGAUGUCCAAGUGACAAAUUAGCUGAAGGCAUGUCCAUGGUGUCUGAGUCCAAAGAAGAUUUGCAAGACAACUGAAGACUGCAAACUGCUCCAAAUAAAAACCAGCUGGCCCUGGACUUGCUGUACACUGAUGUAAAUCACAGGUGCUUCUGACAGGAUUUCCAACCAGCCUGAACCCUUUCUUGAACCAGCAGUUCCAGACUACUCCAAAGCAGCCUGUUCUUCCUGGCACCUGGUGGUCCUGCAGAACCUGGGCAGGAGUGAAAGAGAUGUUUGUCAGCCUGAACUCCCUUCCCUUCCUGGCCUUUGACAAGCAUUCCAGCCUUCCUGAGUCCUGACAGUGAAGCCUUAAUUUCUACUAAGAAGCAGUUACAGAAGAGAUUACGCUGCCCCUUAUUAACAAAACCACAACAUUUCCCCCUUUUCGCCUAAAUAAAAAGGAAAGGUUUUAACUCUAACUUAGUAAAAAUAUAUACAAUAAGAACAAUUGCUGGGCGGUGGUGACACAUGCCUUUAAUCCCAGCACUCGGGAGGCAGAGGCAGGCAGAUCUCUGUGAGUUUGAGGCCAGCCUGGGCUACAGAGUGAGUUCCAGGACAGGCUUCAAAGCUACAUAGAGAAACCUGCUGUGGGAUGUUCUGUAUGGCAAAUGUGUUGCUAAUUAGUCAAUAAAUAAAACACUGAUUGGCCACUGGCUAGGCAGGAAGUGUAGGCAGGACAAGGAGGAGAAUAAAGCUGGGAAGUGGAAGGCUGAGUCAGAGAGACACUGCCAGCCGCCACGAUGACAAACAGCAUGUGAAGAUGCCGGUAAGCCACGAGCCAUGUGGCAAGGUAUAGAUUAAUGGAAAUGGAUUAAUUUAAGCUGUAAGAACAGUUAGCAAGAAGCCUGCCACGGCCAUACAAUUUGUAACCAGUAUAAGUCUCUGUGUUUACUUGGUCGGGUCUGAGCGGCUGUGGGACUGGCAGGUGAGAGAGAUUUGUCCUGACUGUG